AUGACAUCAAUAGGUACUGGUUACGAUCUUUCUAAUAGUGUUUUUUCUCCGGAUGGUAGGAACUUUCAAGUUGAGUAUGCGGUGAAGGCGGUAGAGAACGGCUCCACUUCUCUGGGUAUAAAGUGUGAAGACGGUGUCGUGUUAGCUGUUGAAAAACUCAUUACUUCCAAGCUUCUAGUGCCGGGCAAGAACAAGAAGAUUCAGACAGUGGAUCGUCAUAUCGGGUGCGUAUAUUCCGGGUUGAUGCCUGAUGGUAGACAUUUGGUGAACAGAGGUCGUGAAGAAGCUGCCAGCUUCAAGAAAAUGUACAGCACACCAAUUCCAAUCCCUGCAUUUGCUGACCGUGUCGGCCAAUAUGUUCAAGCACAUACACUAUAUAAUAGUGUCAGACCUUUCGGCGUCACCGCCAUCUUCGGUGGUGUUGAUUCUGAUGGGGCUCAUUUAUACAUGCUCGAACCAAGCGGUACUUACUGGGGCUACAAGAGUGCAGCUACAGGUAAGGGUAGACAGUCAGCAAAGGCUGAACUGGAAAAGCUUUCGAACAAGAACCCAAACCUAACCGCUAGAGAAGCUGUUAAAGAAGCAGCAAGGAUAAUUUAUGCAGCCCAUGAAGACAACAAAGAAAAAGAGUUCGAGUUGGAACUAAGUUGGUGUUCCCUGUCAGAGACAAACGGCCUUCAUAAAGAAGUACCAAAGGACCUAUUUGAUGAAGCGGUUGAUUACGCUAAGAAGGAAUUGGGUGAUGACAGUGACAGUGACAGCGACGAUUCUGACGGAGAUGAUACUAAAGAGAAGAAGGAUGAAGAGGGUGACAUAGAAAUUUCUUAA